AUGGCACCGCCGCUCGAGGAUCAUCAGAUGGAGGAGGAGGAGCAACGCCCGCUCCUCACCCGGGCCCUCCACCGCAGCGCCACCAACAACACCUCCCAGGUGGCCAUGGUCGGCUCCAACCCCUGCCCCAUUGAGAGCCUCGACUACGAGAUAAUAGAGAACGACUUGUUCGACCAGAACUGGAGGACGAGGUCCAAGGUUGAUCAGGUGCGGUACGUGGUGCUCAAAUGGACCUUCUGCUUCGCCAUCGGUGUCCUCACCGGCAUCGUCGGCUUCGUGAUCAACCUGGCCGUCGAGAACGUCUCAGGGUUCAAGCACGGCGCCGUCUCCGCGCUCAUGGAAUCUACCAGCUAUUGGACAGCCUUCUGGUUGUUCGCCGGCUCCAACCUGGUGUUCCUGUUGUUCGCGUCAUCUAUAACGGCGUUCGUAUCGCCGGCGGCCGGCGGGUCCGGGAUCCCAGAGGUGAAGGCCUACCUCAACGGCGUGGACGCGCCAAACAUCUUCUCGAUGCGGACCCUCGCUGUCAAGAUAGCAGGGAACAUUGCCGCCGUAUCGUCCUCUUUGCAUGUUGGCAAAGCAGGACCAAUGGUUCACACCGGGGCGUGCAUCGCUGCGAUUUUCGGUCAGGGAGGCUCACGCAAGUACGGCCUCACCUGCCGCUGGCUACGCUACUUCAAGAACGACCGUGACCGCCGUGACCUCGUGACCAUCGGCGCCGGCGCUGGUGUCGCGGCCGCUUUCCGGGCACCAGUGGGCGGUGUGUUGUUCGCCCUCGAGUCCCUCUCGUCAUGGUGGCGGAGUGCGCUGAUCUGGCGGUCCUUUUUCACGACAGCGGUGGUGGCGGUUGUCCUGCGGCUAUUUAUCGAGCUUUGUGGGACCGGGAGGUGCGGGAUGUUUGGCAAGGGCGGGCUAAUCAUGUACGACGUGAGCACGAUUUUUGACGAUCUUAUGACCUACCACCUUAAGGAUAUCCCCAUCGUCAUCCUUAUCGGCGUGACCGGCGCACUGCUUGGGGGACUCUACAACUUCCUCAUGAUGAAGGUUCUACGUGUCUACAACAUGAUCAAUGAGAAAGGCGGAGCGCACAAGCUGAUGCUGGCGGCCACCGUGUCUAUAUUAACGUCAUGCUGUGUCUUCGGCCUGCCGUGGCUCGCGCCAUGCCGGCCGUGCCCCACGAAUGGGUCUCCAGACGGAACCUGCCACGCACUGAACCGUUUCCGGCGGUUCCACUGCCCUCCGGGCCACUACAAUGACCUGGCCAGUCUUUUCCUCAACAUCAAUGACGACGCCAUCCGCAACCUCUACUCCACCGGCACCAGUGACGUCUACCACCCGGGUUCCAUGAUCAUCUUCUUCGUGGCGUCGUACGGUCUUGGCGUGCUCAGCUACGGCGUCGUCGCACCGUCAGGGCUGUUUGUCCCCAUCAUCCUCACUGGUGCCACGUACGGGCGCCUCGUCGCCAUGCUGCUCGGCAGCCACUCUGGGCUCGACCACGGCCUCGUCGCCAUCCUCGGCUCCGCUUCUUUCCUCGGGGGAACCAUCCGAAUGACAGUGUCCGUGUGUGUCAUAAUCCUCGAGCUCACAAACAACCUGCUCCUGCUACCACUGGUCAUGCUUGUGCUUCUCAUCUCGAAGACGGUCGCCGAUUCCUUCAACUCCAGCAUCUACGAUCUCAUCCUGCAGCUCAAAGGGCUGCCCCACCUUGAUGGACAUGCUGAGCCGUACAUGCGGCAGCUGACUGUCGGCGACGUUGUGGCCGGCCCGCUGAGGAGCUUCAACGGCGUGGAGAAGGUUGGCAACAUCGUGCACAUACUCCGUACAACGGGGCAUCACGCGUUCCCCGUCGUCGACGAGCCGCCCUUCUCACCGGCGCCGGUUCUGUAUGGGCUAGUGCUGCGCGCGCAUCUUCUGGUGCUGCUGAAGAAGAGGGAGUUUCUGCCAGCACCCGAGCGGUACCCGAAGGAGUACGUGGCGGCGGGAAGGUUCCUGGCGGAGGACUUCGACAAGCGCGGGUCUGGGAAGCAGGACACUAUUGCCGAUGUGCAGCUGCCAUCGGAGGAAAUGGAGAUGUACGUGGACCUUCACCCAUUCACUAACACGUCGCCGUACACAGUGGUUGAGACCAUGUCGCUGGCGAAGGCGCUCGUGCUGUUCCGGGAAGUCGGGCUGCGCCACCUCCUUGUCGUGCCCAAGGCCUGCGACAGGUCGCCGGUGGUGGGCAUCUUGACGAGGCAUGACUUCAUGCCGGAGCACAUCCUGGGGUUGCAUCCAGUUCUGCUGGGAAGCCGGUGGAAGAGGCUCCGGUGGCAGAAGGGCGUCGUGGCCAAGUACUUCCGCUCCCUUCUCGUUUGGAUCACCAAUAGCGGCUGAACAAUACAUCGCUGCUGGCAGGAUGCUCUUCUACAAAGCAAAGGAAACCUUGUCUGUGUGUCUUAAUUUUAUAUAUGUUUAGAAAAAAAAGGUACUCCAUACAUCUAUCUAGCUAUAUCUCCGUACUUUUUGCAAUUUGGUCCUUUUUCCAAAAAAUUUCACAUUUGGACCCUGGCGACGUAAACUCAACUUUAGACCCGGAAGGUCGGCACCAUGACACAUGGUGCCGAGCUAACACAUCUUGACGCCGUGACUCAUGGCGCCGAGGUGUUUGUCCCCCUAUCGGCGCCAACUCAGCUGCCUCAUGCAACAGGGGACUGGGGGAAAUCACCUCGGCGCCAUGAGUCACGACGCCGAGACGUUUUAGCUCGGUGUCGUGAAUUAUGGCGCAGACUCCUAGGGUCCAAAGAUGAGUUUAUGUCGUCCAGAGGUCCAAAUAUGAAAUUUUUUUUUAGAAAAAGGGCCAAAAUGCAAAAAAAUCAGGCUAUAUCUCUCCUACUCGAAACAUUCCAAAUGCUUCUUCGUCCGUUGUUCGGCCA